AUGGAAGGGAAUUUAUCUCAAGGAGGUAUAAUUCAAGGUGGUGGUAGUGGUUCUUUUGGUUUGCCGGGAUCGAUGCGAGUUCAUCGUCAUGCACAGAUGAACCAACAUCAAGCUCAUCCUUGUCAAGGGUCUGCGGGGCAUUCGUCGAUUCGUGAAGGUUUUCCUCUUACAAUGGGGACAUUGCAGAACUGUGAUCAGAAGAUGGCGAUGAAUGAGUUUGGUCAGGGAGAUAGGAGCAAAAACUCGGCAAGCGAGGAAGAUGAGAUUGAGGAAGGUGGUGAGGGUCAUCAUCAAGAGGGGUCGAGAGGGAAAAAGGGGUCGCCUUGGCAGCGUGUGAAGUGGACAGAUAAGAUGGUGAGGCUUUUGAUAACGGCGGUGUCUUAUAUUGGCGAGGACGGGACUUCAGAAGGCGGUGGUGGAGGAAGGAGGAAAUUUGCGGUUUUGCAGAAAAAGGGUAAGUGGAAAUCUAUUUCUAAGGUUAUGGCUGAAAGAGGUUUUCGUGUUUCGCCUCAGCAAUGUGAGGAUAAGUUUAAUGAUCUUAAUAAAAGGUACAAAAGGCUUAACGAUAUGCUUGGAAGAGGAACUUCUUGUCAAGUUGUUGAAAAUCCUGCUUUGUUGGAUAUUAUCGAUUAUCUUAACGAGAAAGAAAAGGACGACGUUAGAAAAAUAUUAAACUCGAAACAACUCUUCUAUGAAGAGAUGUGUUCUUACCAUAAUUCCAAUAGAUUGCAUUUGCCGCAUGAUCUCGCAUUGCAACGGUCCCUUCAAAUAGCUCUCAGAAAUCGAGAUGAUCAUGAUAAUGAUGAUGUGAGAAGGUCCUAUCAUGACGACCACGAUGAGGAUAGUCACGAUAUGGAAACAGAUGAUCAUGACGAGUUUGAAGACAAUUACGCUUCACAUAGUGAUAGUCGAGGAAUCUUUGGGGGAUUGGGAGGAUCUACAAAAAGACUAAGACAAGGCCAAGGUCAAGAAGACGCUACUACUUUCGGGAACACUUUAAAUUGUCAGGAGUAUAACAAAAGUCUGUAUCCUCAUGGACAGAUCGUGCAACCUGACGGACACCAGGCUUUACCCGAAAACAUGAGAGCAGCUUUGUUACAGAAGCAAUGGAUUGAGUCUCGUUCGGUUCAGUUGGAAGAACAGAAGCUACAAAUUCAGGCCGAGAUGAUGGAAUUAGAGAAAGAAAGAUUCAAGUGGCAGAAGUUUAGCAAGAAAAAAGAUCGAGAAUUGGAGAUGUUCAAGCUGGAGAAUGAAAGAAUGAAGAUAGAGAAUGAACGUAUGGCUUUAGAGCUAAAACGGAAGGAGAUCGUCGGCACCAGCUUUAACUAG